AUGAAUAAUAUAGUUAUUCAUAAGGAAUAGCUCUCUAACUCACAAAGGACUAAGAUCUUCAACCAGACGAUUCUAUGCAUAAUGCUAGUGAUAUUCUUUAUCGCUAACAUAGGUUUUGAUCUAUACUACAUGCAGAAUGGAGUUACUUAGAAAAAGACCACAACACAUUCAGAUGGCCAUGGGUUAGGUGAUUCUCUAAUUUACGAAGAAGAGCAGUCAGAAGAUGAUAUCAAUUAGGACACGGACUAUCAGAAGAGGAUAAAGGAUCUAAUUCAACAAAUAUAAAUGAAUGACACUUACUCAUAAGUAGACGAUUCACAUAUCGAUUCAAGGAAUCAAACUGACAAAGAAGAUCAGCUUCAAGAUGACCAGGAAAAAAAACUUACCGAAUUGACACUAGACUCUAAUGGAGUGUUUUGCUAUUUGCAAGAUGUAAGUAUCUAGACUAAUUGCUGUCUCAGAAAAAUUGAGGACAUCUCCUUAGAUUGUGAUUCAAACCUAAAUUUGGAUUAGAACUGUGACUAAGCUUGUUCUAAAUUAGAUAUUGAUCAAAAUGAGAAAGAGGAAGAGAAAAAUGAUUGGGAUAAUAAUAACCAAUUGCAAGGAAACUUAAGAUGUGAUCCUCGACAUAUGAAGCUGGUGAACAAUUGUGAACAGCUCUAGAAGCACUUUUAAUGCUUGACUUGCUCUCUGGAUUUCAAUUCAUUUGCUCCUUCUUUAAAGGUGCCUUAAUCGACAAUAAAGAUGUACUAAAAGUAGUUCCGAAGGACUGAUGCUUAGCAUGAAUAAGAAAGAGAAGAUGUUCGAAAUACAUACACAGUCGAAGCAAACAGCCUCAUGCUACAAGGCUAAUGCUUCGUUUCAUCUUAUCAAAUGCUAUUCAAUUGUGACAAUAAAAGCAAUGAGCAUAGAAGGAUAUGUCCAUGCAUAAAAAAUGAACAUAAAGUGCAGAAUAAUUGUCAUACAGACCCAAAACAAGCAUUAUGA